AUGGUGGGUCACAGGAAACAAGCAUUUGUGUAUUGGCAUCAUUGCGGGAAUUCCCCGCAAAUUUAUCGUGGACAAGGUCAAACAAAGAGUUUAUUCCCUGAUCCAGCCCCGCCCAGCCCAGUCCCAACGUAUCAGACGGCUGACGGGGGCUGCCAGGGAGCUGCCAGCGAUAAACAAAGUUUCUUAAGAUUCGAGAUGCCGAGAAACAAGUCUGUAGCGGUGCGAUCCUGUGGAAACGCAGGGCACAUGGAGACACGUUCCGAUUUCCUCCAAUUGCAGAAAUUACUGCACGACAACCAGAAAGUAAUAGAGGAACGAUUUCAAACCAUGGAUGUCCGAUUUGCGCAAAUGGAGAAGCGUCACUCCCAAGAGAGAGGCCGCAUUAGCAAAUUAGAGGAAUCUGUACGGCGAGCAGUGGACGGCGUGAUGCCCAAGGUUGAAGAGCUGCUGGCCAGACACGAUACACCUCAACCGUUGCGCGAAGUGGACCCUCGUCUCGUUCCCGUUGGCGCGUCC